AUGUACCCGAUAAUCGUAUCCCUGUGUACCACAAUCACCGCCUACAUCUUCAUCGGCUUCUACUUCCUAGGAACAGCUCGCUGGCCUUCCUCUUACCACAAUAAACGGGUUCUCUUUGUCACCUCCCACCCUGACGAUGAGUGCAUGUUCUUCGGUCCCACCAUCAGGUACUUCCAAUCAGUGGGACAGGUGUUCCUGCUGUGUCUGAGUAACGGUAACCAUGAUGGUUUGGGUGAGGUCAGGGAGGAGGAACUGGAGCAAAGUGCUAAGAAGUUGGGUAUUCCAGGUGAGAAUAUGAAGAUAGCAGAAAAUGAGGGUUUACAAGAUGGCCCUAGUAAUAAGUGGGAUGUUGAGGUGGUGGGGGAGGAGGUGGGGAACUAUGCUAAACAGUGCACACCUGAUAUCAUCAUCACGUUUGAUAGGUAUGGUGUGUCCGGACAUCCUAAUCAUAUAGCCACUAGUAAAGGAGUGACCUACGCUUGCAAGAAAAAUUAA